CUCUGAUGCAGAUUUAAUGUGUUGUUUUUCCAGGUGACCCUCCACAGGCUGCUGCCUGGAUUGGCCAGUGUAUCCUCUACUUGCUGAUAAUGGUUUUUGAGAAGACUGUGAUUAGCCUUGUCUUGCUUAUCCCUGGUUGGACAAAGCUUCAGCAGAUCCUCCUGGGUUAUAUCCCAAACCCCCAGCUGGAGCUCGUCCUGGUGAUGCUUGUUGUGCCUUUCAUAGUCAAUGCCAUUAUGUUCUGGGUUGUGGACAGCUUGAUCAUGAGGAAACAUAAGCAGAAGGACACCCUAGACAUCAAUGGAUCCAUAGAAACUCCUCGGGUUAGGAGGACAGAGGAAUCUCAGGUAAGAGCAAGGAUGCAAACCCGUGUUUGAGACCAAACUGCAAACUUGUGGGGUGGUCUGUGUGCUAUACAGAGACAGUACAA